AUGAAACCAUCAAUUCAUUGCGUUCCAGUUAGUGCAGGGCUCGAGGCAAUCCAAAAAGUCUUGCAAGAACAUGGAUGCGUGAUCGUGCAGAAGUUUCUUUCGCCUGAGCAAGUCAUGAAUAUCAACCGAGAUGUUGAUCCGCAUAUUACUAAAAUUCACAAAAGCCGUGGUACCUACCAGGAGAAAUAUUGGGUCAACAUGAAGCGACAAGGCCACAUGGCCCUUAUCAGCAAAACCUACAGAGAAGAUGUCCUGAAUCACCCAAUCAUCCACGGUAUCUCGGAAACGGUCUUCGGGAAAGAGACCGGAGGCGACUACUGGCUAGCUACGUCUGCUGUACUGGAGACUAGUCCCGGGUACGCUGGACAGAAGCUUCAUAGGGAACACGACGGAAUCCCAAUUUGCACUGCUAUGGGCAGAGAAUGCCCAGAAGCCAUGUUCAAUUUCCUGAUCGCCCUGACCCCAUUCACGGACGAAAAUGGAGCAACCCGCGUGAUUCCGGGCAGCGAAAAAUGGGACGAUUAUGAUUACCAGCCUUCGAUUGAAGAGUCUAUUCCCGUUGAAAUGGAUGCCGGAGACGCUGUUCUAUUCGGCGGCAAGGUCCUGCAUGGAGCGGGUCAAAAUCGUUCUGAGAACUUCAAUCGUCGUGCUCUCCCUAUUGUGACACAAUCCGGAUAUUUCACUCCAGUUGAGGCGUCAGCAUUCCUGCCACGAAAUGUUGUUGAGAGCAUGACUCCUCAGGCGCAGAAAAUGAUUGGGUGGCGAUCUGUGAAAUGCCAGGGAAUUGAAUUGUGGUCAUUGCAUAUGAAUGAUCUUGGGAAGCAGUUGGGUCUGAAGUCAGAACAACCGCUAUCCGAGGAUGAGAUUGAUAAACGGUGGCUAUCGCAUUACUAA